AUGCCUUCCGGGCCGUUACUCACAGCGCCCGCUCUCCUGGCCGCACGCCCGACCGUGUGCCGCCAAUGUCUGAAAGCGAAGCUCGCCGCUACCUACUCGCAGCGGAGAGGCAUCUCCAGGAAAGUCGAAAAGAAGCGCCAGAUCCAGCAGGUCGCCUGGGAUCGCAAGGCCGAGAGGAUCCAGAAUGGAGAGGAAUAUAAUCCCUGGGACUUUCUCAAGGAGCGUGGCUACGUCAAGGACACCGCCGGCACCGACAAGCAGAUACGCGAGCUCAUGCGCAGGAAACGAAUCGGCGCCUACGUCGGCGUCGACCCGACCGCCCAGUCGCUCCACGUCGGCCACCUGCUGCCCUUCAUGGCCCUGUUCUGGCUCUACCUGCACGGCUACGGCUGCAACACCUUGAUAGGCGGCGGCACCGCCAAGAUCGGCGAUCCCACCGACCGCCUGCAGGCCCGCGACAAGAUCCCCCGGAGCGACCUGACCACCAACAUCACAAAGUGCCACUACCAGCUCAAGCGGAUAUGGGGCAAUGUCGAAACGCUGGGCGCCCGCUACGGCUUCCAGAAGGAGUACAUGUGGUCGCGCGCCCUGGUCAACAACAGCACCUGGCUCAACAGCACCCCUUUCAUGGAGGUCGUCGGCAGGCUCUUCAAGGGCAUGCGCAUGGGCCCGCUGCUGUCGCGCGACACGGUCAAGCGGAGGCUGGAGGAGAACGGCUCCGGCAUGCCCCUGGACGAGUUCAUCUACCCCCUCGUCCAGGCCUGGGACUGGUGGCACAUGUACUCGUCCCCCAAGGACGUCAUGAUGCAGAUCGGCGGCUCCGACCAGUACGGCAACAUCGUGAGCGGCAUCGAGGCCAUCAAGUACCUGCGCGACACGGAGCCCCAGGAGGAGCUGCGCCGACCCGACGACCUUCUCAACACCCCCGUCGGCUUCACCGUCCCCCUGCUGACCGACUCGUCCGGCGCCAAGUUCGGCAAGAGCGCCGGCAACGCCGUCUGGCUGGACCCCUUCCUCACGAGCUCCUUUGACCUGUACGGAUACUUCAUGCGCCGCCCGGAUGCCGACGUCGGCAAUCUCUUGAGACUCCUGACCUUCAUGCCCUCGGACGCCAUCGCCAAGAUUAUGGAGGAGCACAGCCAGGACCCCUCCCAGCGGGUCGCCCAGCAUGCCCUCGCCCACGACGUCGUCUGUCUGGCCCACAGCACGCAGAUGGCCAAGAACGCUCGGGAGCAGCAUCAGGCCAUCUAUGCCAAGAAGGCGGGCACCACCGUGUCCACCGGCAGCACCAGGACGGUCGAGCUCGACACUUACCCCAGUGCGGAACCCGCCACCGCCGCUCUCGCCACGGGCUUCAACCCCGACAUCGAGCUCCCCGAGUCCCUCGUCCUCGGCAAGUCCAUGGGCAGGAUCCUCUACGCAGCCGGGCUGGCGGCCAGCAUCACGGACGGCCUACGACUCACGAAGCAGCAGGGUGCGUACGUGGCCGGCUCCCCCGGCCAGGCGUCGGCCACCAACAAGGGCAUGACUUACGGCGACCUCACCUUCACACCCAUCAAGAACUGGUUCCCGGCAGACACUAAAAACUUCCUCCUCGACGGGCAUCUGCUGAUCCUGCGCCGUGGCAAACACUUUUUCCGCAUCGUCAAGAUGGUGAGCGACGAGGAGUACAAGGCCAGCGGCAAGACGUACCCGGGCAUGCCCGGCUCGGGCAAGUUCCGUGAGAUCAAGAAGACGCUGGACGAGAUGCGCGAGGAAGGCGUCGACCUGACGCAAUCCGAGUGGAGGCGGAUGAAGCAGGACCUGUCGCACGACAUGGCACGGGAAGAGGCGCAUGCCAAGGGCCAACUGUACAUGCCGGGUGGCUCGCCCCCGUGGCCUCAUGAAAAACCAUGA